CUAUCGCUGCCUAUAUAAACAGUAACCUGCAAAAGCUAGGGAAUAAAAGCCCCAAAAUUUUAUUUUUCUCCGCGCAAGACACGAAUCCUUCGCAAUCGACCCAACGGUACCUACCUCCUUCAUCCCUCUUCCCCACUUCGCCGGAGAUCGAUCGUAGAAUAAUGGCGACGUUUGAGCUGUACAGGAGAUCGACGAUCGGGAUGUGUUUGACUGAGACUUUGGACGAGAUGGUUCAGAGCGGUACGCUGAGCCCUGAGCUAGCCAUCCAAGUUCUUGUUCAGUUUGACAAGUCCAUGACUGAAGCUCUUGAGAGCCAAGUGAAGACCAAAGUGACUAUCAAGGGGCACCUGCACACUUACAGGUUCUGUGACAACGUCUGGACCUUCAUAUUACAGGACGCAAUGUUCAAGAGUGAAGACCGUCAAGAGAAUGUUAGUCAGGUGAAGAUAGUGGCAUGUGACUCUAAGCUGCUCACGCAGUGAGAGAGAGAUGUUAAUUCACAGCCAGAGAAUAUAUAUAUGCUCACUCACUCUCUUUGUAAUAGAUUUUGAGACUUUCCAGCACUUGCUGCUAUAUGUUGAGCUCCGUUUGCAGCCAUCAGUUUAACCUAUUUAUGUAAAUCCCGGCCAAAUACAAAAUGAAAUGAAACUCUGUUGCUAUGAGAAAAGUUCUUAAACAUUCA